ACACUAGACCAGUGCGCCAGUGAUGGGAUUGACUGUUGACGAUUUUCACCUCUUCUUCGUUGCCAUAUGGUGUCUUAAUGUCCUACACGCUUCUUUUGUUGACGUUUGCGCUCGUCUGUAGGAGAGAUGCGCUGGCACAGGUUGCAGGUAGCAGCAUCAAUGUGCUGGAAGGAGGUACCACCACCUUACCCUGCAAGCUAACAACGACGCUAACAGCAAAUGAGAACCUGGAACAGAUUUCAUGGCAGAGAAAGACGAGAGGAAAACCGAUGACGGACAAUUUCUUUACCAUCACAAAGGAUGACGCUCGUCUUGUUAACGGGCCUGAUAGGAGAUUUAAAUAUAUUGGGACAUUUGCUGAACAUAAUGGGACUCUCCAGCUAUCUAAUGUAAAUGUGUUGGACGCUGGAACCUACACUUGCAUCUUUUCCAUUUUCCCCUCAGGACAUCCUCGAACAACUGUAGAGAUAACUGUCAGUGUACCUCUACAAACAAGUGUAAAUAGCACCCAACCCACUCUUGGAAACAAAGAGGUUCCUCUUGUGACCUGCACCGCUGCCGGAUUCAAUCCACCGGCCAAGGUUUCGUGGCAAACUGAUGAUCGUUUAAAAGACAAAGUGACAUGGACAAACAACUCAACUCUACAAAUCAGUGAUACAACCACCACAGUCAGCACAUUGUUUGGAAAGCCCACCAAAGAGAUCAACGGAAAUAAGGUCCAAUGUGUCAUCAUCUCUGAGAAACGAAACGUAACACUACCCUUCGAAAUACAGAUCUACUAUCCACCUCUGACUGUGAACAUCAAAAAGCAAUCAGACGGCCUGGUUUUCACCUGUGAGGCUGAAGGCAACCCAAACCCAACAAUUAUCUGGAGCAGGUCAGGCAACACUCUGCCUCCAUUAGUCUCAGCCACCUCAGCUCAGGGGGCAACGCUAAGAUUUGAGAAGAAAUCCCCCGACGUGGCUGGCCUCUACCAGUGUGAGGCAAAUAACACCUACGGAAGCAAUCAAAGUUUUCUCUAUAUGGAUUUGUCCUCAGAAACAAGCUGCCUUACUGGUUGGAUUCCUUUUAUUAUUCUUGUUCUGAUCAUUUUGGCGGCUGGCUUGGCUGCAUUUCUGCACAAACGUGGAUUUGUUAAACUUCCGAGAUUUCUACGGUUUGACAGAGAAGCAGUACGAACAUCCUCACCAGACGAUGCAGCAAAUGAAAAUGCUUCACUUUAACCAUAGGGAAAGAGCUGGUUCCCAAGAAGUCCAAGCAGAUACUGCAAUAUAAACUUGUAAGUCAUAGCACCGCAAUGCAUUUCCUUCUUUUUGUUACAUUUGCAUAUAAAUGCGUGCGUUUUAAAAUCCUUUUUAAUGUAAGGAUUAUCUAAGUAUAAUUUAUUGAGUUGUUCUUUUAUUUGGUGUAAUUCAACAACUUCGUUUUUAACAGUAGCCCACCUUCUCCCUCAUUUCCAAUAAAUCUUUGGAGAUUUAAUUUUAGGCUAACCUGUUUUGUCUGUUUUAGGAUCUUUGACAGCGCCUGAAACAACAGGAUUCUGGGUUGCUGACUCGAUUCCCGCUCUUACUGCCUCUGUCAUUGUGUCCAUUAGCAAAACACUCCACCCAUCUUGCCUGUUGGUUUUGGUCAGAGGGUGCAUGACAGCUUUGUUUCCAUCUGAGGCUUUAUGGGAUAUUUUGUGCCACAUCACUUCUUGCUUCUUCAAUAGCACGACGUGCUAUUAUUGACACUUGGCAUUUAGUUAGUUGGGAAUUAACCUGGCUACCAAAACAGAACUCUAAUCAUCAAAUCAUGGCCAAGAAUUUUGUUGAUCAAUUAAACCUUAUUUAUGUAUUUUUCUUCCUAACUUACACUCCCUAUCCCACGCUAAACAGAAAAAGGAUUCCCAUCCCCUCUGGGUCAAGCAUCCUCUUUAUCACUGUGACUGUGGCUGUCAACUGAGAAACCUGACCUUGUGCUUUAAAGUGCAGCCACCAACCGUAACCUCCAAGCAUUAAUAACUGAAGGAUGUGGUCUUAACUGUGAAGGAUGUCGUUUAUUUAGGAAGGAAGUCGGUGAACUAGAGUUUCGUUACGCAAAUGGUUUUCCACUAACAUAUUUAUGGAUAUUAUUUUUAGCAGUUAAGCUGAACUUUGUCGUUUUUAUUAAAAACAGGAGAAUUUGCAGUGAAUACUUUUGACUUAGUUUUCCAACACUACAAAUUUAUUUUAGUAUUUCAGCCACCAACAUUUGGCUUCCUUUUUGGUUACUUUUCUUCCCACUGCUGUUGUGCAUCACAAACAACUGUAUGUUUAAUUUUAAAAGAGGAAUGAUUUAGAUUCCAGCAAGCAAAGAAUUUCGUGUGCUACAGUUAUACAUUUACAUCUUUAGAGCUGAUCUAAGAUUUUUGUAGCGAAAUGCAGUGGAAUAACCCUUUACUACACCGGCAAAAUCAGUUUUUACCACAUUUUUGGAUAUUUCUUUGCUUUGAGAAAUAUCCAAAGCAAAAAUAUUGGAUGUUAAUCUGACAACUGACAGAUUAACAUCAAAAUCUGUCAGUUUUCUGACAUUUACUUUGAAAGCAAUAUUUUCUAGGUAAAUGUUUUCUGCUUAAAUCUAUAUGAUGGAGAAAAAGGGUGUAAGUACGGCCCUCCUAUAUUGCGGCAACAAUGUCUCAACACACUGCAGCUUAAGUGAACUCAACUUACACUUUUUAAUUAUUAUUAUUAUUAUUAUAGAAGCAUGCACACUUGUUAAAACAUCAGUGAGCAUGAAAAGUAACUUCAAAAUUCUUCUGUCCCCUCAAAAUGUUAUAUUUUUCUUCCAAGCGAAAAUAAAAACCAAUAGUAACCCUUCUUUGAUCAGCAUUCUCAUGCUUAACCCUGUUCAGCACUGAGGCUUCUUUGAUGGAAAUCAGCUCACAUCCCACGCCAGCACCAUUUAAGAGCUUUUACUGUCAUUUUCCUGUCAUUGUCAUUAUUUUGUUGAUUUUUAGAUGCACACUUGGAGUCACUAUGAUGCAAGAAAAUGAAACCAUCGAUUAGCAUCUAGUGGACAACUGAAGGGUUUUUGAACCCUAACUUUGUUUUGAAGUAUUUACAACCUUAUCCAAAAAAUCAUCAGUUCCAUAUGAGGAAAAUAAAUCCUCCAGCAUGAUCAAGCUACCACUGUGUUUAAAAAAUCCCAGACAUGUUAACAGGGGUAUGCAAACUUUUGAGAGGCCCUGUAUGCAUAGCAUGCAGUAAGUAUGUAUGCUAUGCUAUUAAAGUAGUAAGUAGGGCAAUUAGAGCCACUACUUACUUUAAAAUGUUAGUUAAAUAUGAACCUUUUACUAGUCCAACCUACAAAAAUCUAAAAUUAAGUAGAUUAUUAUUUUAGUUGUUGGGUUUUACUUGAAUUGAAAUGUGUGAAAGACGUGUGUCACUCACCCAACCUGAAAAGCCUUUUUCUCUUUUAUUUUUUAAAUCUUUAAGGCUUUGAUGAGACAUUAUGUUGUGGUGUACUCACUCUUUCAGUGACUGAAAAAUACAAACAAUGACACAGCUAUGCUCCCUGAUACAGAUGUUUGUUAUACUGUAUAUUAUAAUACACUCCAUAUUAUAACAGUUUACUUUGAGACUGCAUAUGAGCAAGUUUCAUACUUAGUCAACCUCACCUCUUGCAGGCUUUGUUCAGGUUAGUUCCAUAUUUUAAAUGUUUUUUUGGUUUUUUUUAUGUUUAAUCCUUAAGUUGUAUGUUUUUUUUUUCUUCCCAGAAUGUCAAUGGUUCAGCAUUAUUUAUUUUCUGAAGGCAAAAUGAGUGUUAUUGUAUUCAUUUGUAGAAUUUGAGUUAACUAUUAUUAAUUCCGUUGGAUUAUUGGAAAGUGUUGAGUUGUCGCUCAUUUGUUUAAAUAAGGCUUUCAAAAACCUGGACUUGAAGUCUUUCAAAGUGUUUUUAUAAGUUCUUCAGAUUUUCUGAGGGUUUUGUUUCUUCAGAAUUUGGCUGCCUUUAUUGUUUUUACUUAGUCAUCUGACCAUUUUCAGAAGAAAUCUUUUUUUUUGUUCUGUUCUUUUCCUUUUUUGUUCCUAUUUAAAGAUGGUGUUAAAUGAUGAAACAUAGUUUGAUCUGAAGGGACACAGAUUUAUCUGGUUGUUUUUUUAGGCCUGAAGCUUCCUGUGCCUCAACCUGCCCUAGCUUUGCUCAAAUGCUUUUUACUAAAAAGGAAACAAAAAAAACAACAAAAAAUGUUUUCAAUAAUUUAAAAAAAUAUGUUGUUCAAGAGCCAAAGUGAAAAGAUUGCACUUAGAAAAUUAACAAAUUAGGUCAUAUUUCUGAUGAGGCCGUCUACCUGCAUGCAGACGCAACAACACAAUGUUCACCAGUUCACCAUUUUGAUUUUAAAGUGAACUGGGAUUUAAAACUCUUAUUUGCACCACAGCAAGUUUAUGAGAGUGAUUUCUCCUUUUUGUGUGUUCACCCUUAUCUCACUCAGAAAUCCAAAACCCUGACACAAAAACUUUAUCUAUGCUUGUCUCCUUUUUAUCUGAUGCUGCUUUUUUUUUUUUUUUUUUUUGCAAACAUUAUUUGUGAUAAGAAGUCAGCGUCACUCUUAAUACCAUCGAACUCGCUUGUUAUUCUCAUAAAGUUUGAAUCUACUGAAACUAAAAAUAGUAUUUAGUGACACCAACUCAAACUUCUGGUUUGUUCUAAGCACACAAGCAGAAAGAUACAGUAUAACACUACAGUGUGAAAAUGUACCAAAGCUGUUCCGGUUUUCAUAAAUGUUGCUGAUGUCGGCAGUGGCAACCAGGUCAACCAGCAUGCUGGUAAACUAUGACACCUUUUACACUCUGCACAGAAGUGUGCAGAGUAAAGUAUUUGAACUUGUCUUCUAAUAAAUAAAACAAUAGAUACUAUAUAAUCACAAAGCUUUAGGAAUAUGCUGAUGAGUGUGUGUUUUUACACCUGCAAUGAAAAAUCAAUAGCAAUACCAAGAUCGUCUGAAGUUCACCAGUAUAGCUGUGCAACAGAUCCAACAUAGUGUGCUUUUCACAUUACAUUAAUGCUGCUGCUGUAUAAGACUAAGACAAUACUGGAAGAGUUGCUUUAGAAAAACUAAAUGUAAUCAACAGAAGUUUUCUUCUCUUAUAUACAGUAUAUAUGUUUAAGUUUUCAAAGUACAACAUACAUGAAUCAUACACAAGAGUAUAAAGCAUAUAUACUGUAUAUAUAACAAAUUACUGUAUAAGAAAAAAUAUACUCUUACCAAUACGACAAUAAUGUAAAUUAAAAUGUACAUUAACUAAAAAUAAAAUAAAAUGAAAACAAGUCAGGGCAAUUAUCUAAAUAUGAGUGGUUAUACUGCACUGAUUACCAUUUAGACUUUAGGAUGACACUAUCUGUCAUCCUAAAGGCUGAGUGAGUGUUGGGCUCAGUGUUUGACUGAGAAAGAGGGUCUAAAAACAGCUGCCAGAUUCUACAGAACUAAUUAGUGGAGCCCGCAACAUCGUGCUGCAAUUUCUCCAAAUGAAGUAUCUCAGUAAAAUCAGAUAACCACAUUUUAAACUGAGGACCCUUGUCAAUUUUCCACAAUUUUAAUAUUACUUUGUUGGCUAUUACCAUUCCGUACGUCACAGUGGAUGCACAGAAAUAGUGCAGUUCCUAAGUGAAGGAGAAUAUCCAAAUAAUGCAAUAUGGACUAGAACCAACAUGUGCAUAUACACUUAAGAGCACAAGUUGAAAAUGUCACAACCCUGGAGGAGUUCAGGGCAUGACCGGUACAGACGUGACAGGACUUGACCAUCCUGACUUACAUUUAUCACAUUUUGAAGAUAUUGAGGGGAACAUUCUGUACAAUUUCAUUUUAGAAUAGUCGAGUCUAUAACACACUUUGAACUGAAUUAACUGGUGCUUGACCGAAUCCUCCCCAGACCGUCCUCCCUAGACGAUCACUCCCAAUAUGCAAACCCAGCCUUCUGUGCUGCGUGGGAGUUUGUGGCAAAGUUAAUUAGCUCGGCAAAGAUGUCAACAAAGCUUGAAAGUAAUUUUCUUGAUUCUGGAGAGCCCAACAGCAGUUUGCAUAUAUUCUUUUCUUCCGGAAGAGAUACAAAAUUCGGGAUUUUAAUUCGAACAUAAUUUCCAAUUUGCAAACAUCUGAAAAAUCUGCAUCCGGAAGCAAGAAACAGUGCCUUAACAUUGCAAAUGAACAGAUGGGUUUUUUUAACAAGUGAACAAUACCUGGUAUUAAAGCUAUGUAUUUUUGUAUAAUCUGGUGUUCAUUGAUGUAGCUUUAGAAAUGUACGUUUAAAAUAUUUGUUUAUGCUUAAAGUUAUUUAAAUUGCUCUUACUUUUUGCAUAGCAGCUCUGUAUUUCAUCUCAUCAGCUGAGCUAUUAGGGGUCUCUAUAGUUACACACUGGAGUUAUUUCUAUGCUAAAACAACUAGAAAAUGUACCGUCUCUGUAGCAAAUUGUACAUAGUUGAUUUAACAGCUUGGUGUACACAUUCCUUGUUAGGUACUUACUGGAUAUUAUAAACUGCUGAACUUAUAUGAAGCACUCGUAUGUUUUCUGCUAAGUACAAGAGGUCAAUUUUCUGUCUAAGCGAAACCAUAAAGGAGGAGUUUUAAAAACAAUGGUCUGACACCAACCGCUGGAAGUAGUACAGCAAAACUGUUACCUCAAAACCAAAUGUAAAACUCCCAAAUUCUUAGUUACUUGCAGGUCAGUAAAGGACACAGAGAGAGAGGACACACUGUUGCCUUUAACAGGAGACGUUUUUCAUGGUUGGUCAAUCCAACAACACUAAAAGCAGCCAAAGGCCAUAGCCUGUGCGUCACAAUAGCAUUAUAUAUAGAUUUUCUGAAGCAAGGUGGCUGCUGCUUGACACACAAUGAUGACAUUUCUGAGAAACGAUAAUUAGCUUUUUGUUGGAGUGCAAACAUCACACUCAAAGUUACUUUUUUUUUAUUUAAAUGCCCUACAGCUGACAAAAUGACAAAGUUGUGUGAUUUUCAUCUCUUAUUUCAUAAAUGUGUGUUCUGUGUGUAGAAAAGACAUUUUCACUUGUAGUGUUUAAAACUUGGUGUUCUUUUUCUGUACGUAAUUACAUUCUAGGUUUGUAGUUUCUGUUCAGCCUCAUCUUAUAUAUUUUUAUUCUGUUUCACAAGGUUACAUAUUUUUUGCUUGACUUACUUCUGCAGCUACUUGUAGCCUCCUUCUUUAUUAAAAGUAGACCUAAAAACAGA